AUGGGUACCCGUGACAACAUACCACGCUACUUUGCAAAGUCCGGCCCGACUGACGCUGAUCCUCGCAAGACAAAGAAGGACGGGGGUGGUAAAGGCAAUUGGGGCCGGUCGGGCGAGGAAAUGCAGGACACUGACUACUCGUUCACCAAUGCUAGACGUCGGUCCAACAGUAGCACCCAGGGUCUGGCUGACUUCAACACCAAGUUCGAGGCUUUUGAACCAGAACCUGUGUUCGAGGAAGAGGUCCGUGGUGACGCCGACAUGGCUGCAGUGAAUGAUAAUACCGUGACCAAGGUCGAGAGUGCCAGUAGCAACGAUAGCGAAGCUGAUCAUGAUGGAAGGAAAUAUUAA